CGCUUAAAGUAUUCUUUCGAUGCUAUUUGAUUUGCUUUAUGCUUUGGUUGGAUAUACUGGAAAUGUUAUUGUAAGAAAAGACAAUACUUCAAAUAUCAAAAGAACAAGUGAAAAAGUCUCGUUUCAGUUGGCUCCCGACUUUCCAUAUGUAAACCCUGCAGAAAGAAGAGCUAUAGAUCGAAUUAGUAAUAUAGGGGCGUUAUAUGUCACAGUUUAUGAAUAUGGUUGCAAAGACAUCCUUCCACAAAAGUCCAAACAAUCAAUCUAUAUUCUCGCUCUUCAAAAAGGACUUGAUGAAAUAUUGGAUGAAUAUAGAGAACUUGUAGCCAGCUAUGAGGAAGAGGCAAUUCAUAAACGAUUGCAAAACCUUUCUUUGGUAGAAGGAGAACUUCGUGUGUGGGAGAGAAGACUGGAAGACUUAUGUAUGCUUUUUGACAAAAUGAAAGAGGCAAAGAGACUCAAUGGUCCUGAGUUAAUCACGCAAUUGAUACAGUUUUGUACAUCUGGUUCACCCGACACUGCUAGCCUUUGUAUGAGGUUGUUAAAGAAGUGUAUGAAAGUUCUUUUGGUUCAGUUACAAACUUGGCUCUAUUACGGAGAAUUGCAGGAUCCAUUUGAAGAAUUUUUCUUAAGGAAAGAACCAAAGACUGCUUCCGAACAACGAAAAGAUGAUUCCUCUUUUUCUCUUAUUGAUGAUAUCGUUAUUGCACAAGAAAACCUCACAUCAUUACUAAGUCCUUCCAUGGUAAAAGACAUUCUAUUUAUUGGAGGAGUUGUAAAGGCACUGCGCAAUUCUGAAGAUGCCUCGUCUCAAGUGGAUUGGAAUGAACUCGAAGUACAGAUAGAUAGCCUACGUUCUUUGGAAAUGCAACCACUUAGAAGUUUGCCAUUGCAAUCCAAUAUUCAAUAUAUUCGACAAUGGGCUUCAAAACAACUCAUGAAGUUCUUAUUUAGGGUUUCGUGGUGGAAGGAAUUCGAGUUUCUCCGACAAACCUUUUUGUUAGGUAAAGGUGACCUAUGGUUCUAUUUUUUACAAGACAUUUGUGAUGUGUUGGUUAUUCCUUCCAUGAACGAAUGUAAAGAAUCUGUAUUGAAUUCCUUUUUAGAAAAGUCAUUGCUCAAGACCUUUUUCGAAGUUGACUUUCGAUACGAAAUGUUGAGUUUCCAGAGAAUGGAUUUUACGUCUGUCAACAGUGACUUGUGCAACAACCUGCUGCCAUUGUCUAGUGGUUGGAGUUAUAUCAGUUUAUCUUAUGUACCUCAAAAGCCAUUACAUAUUUUAAUGACUUCAAAAGAUCUAGAGCAUUAUUCUCGAAUUUUCUGUAUAGUAUUUGCUAUAGCUCAUGUUCGCUUUCAAAUGGAGCGCAGUUGGCUCAUAUUACGAAAUCGUUUUAGAAGAUGCAACCGAAUAGCUCUUGUAGAUUAUAGAAAUAUUUUUCAUUUACUUUGGAGAUGUAACUUUCUAGUCCAUUGUCUUGAAGAAUACUUUCAGAUUGGCUUGAUUGAAGAAUCCUUUGGUACUUUUAUGAAGCAGUCAAAAGGAGCUUCCGACUUUGAUAGCGUCCGUAUGUUGCAUCAGAAAUAUCUUGAAACUCUUGUAAAACGCACUCUUAUCUAUUCUGCAUCAUUCAUUGAGUCACUGGAUAAUCUAUUGCAGGUUUUUAGAGAAUAUUGUAUUUAUAUUCAGCACAGAUUUGUAGAGGAGAAGACUUUGGCAGCGUUGUCUAUGGAAAGCAUGGAACAACCAAUCAAUCAGCGCAUUGUUGCAUUCCUUCAAGAGUUACAACAGUAUCCUAAUCAUCCAGUUAGUAAUAUGCUUUUGAAUAGAAUAGAUUUUAACAACUUUUAUUUCUUGGAAAGUACUCCAAUGAAAGAGAAUGGAAUGACUUGUAUAGAGGACGAACCAUUGGAAAAUGAAACAGAAUAAAUUGCAUUUGUUUCCUCAAGGCUCUUAACAAGUUGGUUGCUAAA